GUCUUGGGUAUAGAAACUGUUGCCUCGCCCCGUCUCGCCUCCUCUUCCCGGUCGAAGUGAAGCCCCGGGAGAAGAGAGGGAUCAGGGCGGCGGCGGCAGGACCCGGGAGCCGCGGGAACAGGCCGCAGGGAGCUGCCUGGACUCGGAGAAGCAGCGGAUUCGGGCGAGUCUGCAGGAAACCCUGCCCCCAGGCCGCGCGGCGCGACACCGCCCCCGGGGCGGGCCCAGUGCGUGGCAGCGGGAUCGCCGACCCCAUCGCGAAGUUUCCAGCCUGCGAGCGCCGCUGGACCGGCCGGACGUUCCUAGAUCCCAGCCAUGCGGCUCCUGCUGCUCCUGGCCCCGCUGGGCUGGCUGCUCCUAGCAGAAACGAAGGGUGACGCCAAGCCGGAGGAUAACCUUUUGGUCCUCACCGUGGCCACAAAGGAGACUGAGGGGUUCCGACGCUUUAAGCGCUCAGCUCAGUUCUUCAACUACAAGAUCCAGGCGCUGGGGCUGGGGGAGGACUGGCCUGGGGAAGCGACGUUGGCAGGCGGAGGGCUGAAGGUCCGGCUGCUGAAGAAAGCCCUGGAGAAGCACGCCGACAAGGAGAACCUGGUCAUUCUCUUCACAGACAGCUACGACGUGGUGUUUGCCUCGGGGCCCCGAGAGCUCCUGAAGAAGUUCCGGCAGGCCAGGAGCCAGGUGGUCUUCUCUGCCGAGGAGCUCAUCUACCCGGACCGCAGGCUGGAGGCCAAGUACCCGAUGGUGUCCGACGGGAAGAGGUUCCUGGGCUCCGGAGGCUUCAUCGGUUAUGCCCCCAACCUCAGCAAACUGGUGGCAGAGUGGGAAGGCCAGGACAGCGACAGCGACCAGCUCUUUUACACCAAGAUCUUCUUGGACCCAGAGAAGAGGGAGCAGAUCAAUAUCACCCUGGACCACCGUUGCCGAAUCUUCCAGAAUCUGGAUGGAGCCUUGGAUGAGGUCGUGCUCAAGUUUGAAAUGGGCCAAGUGAGAGCGAGGAACCUGGCCUACGACACCCUCCCGGUCCUGAUUCAUGGCAACGGGCCCACCAAGCUGCAGCUGAACUACUUGGGCAACUACAUCCCACGCUUCUGGACCUUCGAGACGGGGUGCGCUGUGUGUGACGAGGGCCUGCGCAGCCUCAAGGGCAUUGGGGAUGAAGCCCUGCCCACCGUCCUGGUCAGCGUGUUCAUCGAGCAGCCCACUCCAUUCCUGUCCCUGUUCUUCCAGCGGCUCCUGCGCCUCCACUACCCCCGAAAACGGUUGAGGCUUUUCAUUCACAACCAUGAGCAGCACCACAAGGCUCAAGUGGAGCAGUUCCUGGCAGACCACGGCGACGAGUACCAGUCUGUGAAACUGGUGGGCCCCGAGGUGCGGGUGGCCAACGCCGACGCCAGGAACAUGGGCGCGGACCUGUGCCGGCAGGACCGUGGCUGCACCUACUACUUCAGCGUGGAUGCCGACGUGGCCCUGACUGAGCCCAAAACCCUGCGGCUGCUGAUCGAGCAGAACAAGAAUGUUAUCACCCCAUUGAUGACCCGCCAUGGGAGGCUGUGGUCGAACUUCUGGGGGGCGCUGAGUGCAGACGGCUACUACGCCCGCUCGGAGGACUACGUGGACAUCGUGCAGGGACGACGUGUGGGUGUCUGGAAUGUACCCUACAUCUCAAACAUCUAUCUGAUCAAGGGAAGCACCCUGCGGGCUGAGCUGCAGGAGACAGACCUGUUCCACCACAGCAAGCUGGACCCUGACAUGGCCUUCUGUGCCAACAUCCGGCAGCAGGAUGUGUUCAUGUUCCUGACCAACCGGCACUCCUUCGGCCACCUGCUCUCCCUGGACAGCUACCAGACCACCCACCUCCACAACGACCUCUGGGAGGUGUUCAGCAACCCCGAGGACUGGAAGGAGAAGUACAUCCACGAGAACUACACCAAGGCCUUGGCGGGGAAGAUGGUGGAGAUGCCUUGCCCGGACGUCUACUGGUUCCCCAUCUUCACGGAGACGGCCUGUGAUGAGCUGGUGGAGGAGAUGGAGCACUACGGCCAGUGGUCUCUGGGAGAUAACAAGGACAACCGCAUCCAGGGUGGCUACGAAAACGUGCCAACCAUUGACAUCCACAUGAACCAGAUCAACUUUGAGCGGGAGUGGCACAAGUUCCUGGUGGAGUACAUCGCCCCCAUGACGGAGAAACUCUACCCGGGCUACUACACCAGGGCCCAAUUCGACCUGGCCUUUGUCGUCCGCUACAAGCCCGAUGAACAGCCCUCGCUGGUGCCACACCACGACGCCUCCACCUUCACCAUCAACAUUGCCCUGAACCGGGUUGGAGUGGAUUAUGAGGGCGGGGGCUGUAGGUUCCUGCGCUACAACUGCUCCAUCCGAGCCCCACGGAAGGGCUGGACCCUGAUGCACCCCGGGCGACUCACGCACUACCACGAGGGGCUUCCCACCACCAAAGGCACCCGCUACAUCGCAGUCUCCUUCGUCGAUCCCUAACUGGCCGGGACCGGCCACCACAGACCUUUUCCUCUUGGUCAACAACCACUGCCCAGCAGCCUCCGGUGCCUCGGGCCCAGGGAACUGGAUCCAGCCUCCAGGCUCUUGACCUCUCACUGCCUUUGAGCCACCUUCGGAGAGACGGGGCCGCAGGCCAGAGGCAGAGCACAGCUCUUUGGCUGGGACCUUCCUGGCGCUCUGGAUGUCUUCCCGGGAAAAACUGUUCACUUUCACUGCUUUGUAGCAACUGGUCUUUUCUCAUCCAUCUUCCUGAAAAACCCAGUCCCACUUCCUCUGCUUCUUCCCGGGGGCAGUGCUUGAGCACAACAGGGGCUGACCCAGCUGCCCAGAGGGACUCUAGGGGUGAGAAGUCACACCCCAGAGCUUCUCCCCAGCAGAGCUGCAGCCUCGGGGCCUUCUGCUUCAGGGUUUACACUGAGACCUGGGUCAGACUCAAGUCCCCACGUGACCUUGGGACUGCAGCAGCCCCAUCCUUCCUGGCUCCUGUCAUGGGAGCAGAACGCUGUCCCUUGGAGAUGGUGACUCGGAAAACCUCCUGGGAACAGGAAGUGCAUGGAUGUCGCAGCUCCAUCCUCUACUUGACCUUUGCUGGGGGCGGGGCAGAGUGGGGAGUGGUGUAUCCUCACACUGCACUGCGUCAUCCUGUCCCGGAUGCCUCCAGAGAGAGGGACAGACAGAAACAGUGUUCCUAUUAAAGGUCAUUCAAACCA